ACUCCUCGUCUAAAUCCAUUCAAAACAGAGAGAAAUAGGGAUGAAGAGGGAAAAAGAUGGAAACUGGGAAGACCAAAUGCAACAGAAAGAAAAGAUACCAAAAUAAUAAAUGAAACUGCAAAUUACAUUUUGUAAGUGUUAAGUGUUCUUUUCUCUUUCCUGUCUGAGGCAAUUGGUCGUUUCUCAAGUCGUGCAAGUGAAGAGGAAGCCAUGACGUUAAAAAAAAAAACACUAUUUAAAAGAUGUUAAUGAUAAGGAAACUGAGACACUGGAUAGAACUGAUUCUAAAACAACUACUGCCACGCUAAUAUCCUCGGCUGCGGCUUUCAUACUACAAGACCUACAGUACAAACCAGUCCAUGUGAUUAUACGCUCUCUCUCAUUGAGCAAACACAAGAAGCAACAAUCAACUUUGAAUCAAAUGGCCACUUUUGUUCCUGCGGAGAGCCCAGUCGUAUCUGGAACACCUCCAUCUGUCAUUGUGCCCCCCUCGCCUUCCACACUAUCCCUCUCCCAUCAGAUCGGGAUUGCAAUCCUGGUCAUCGCCUUCGUGUUUGGUUUCCCUGGCAACCUGUUCGUAGUGUGGUCGGUCCUGUGCCGGGUCCGUGUGCGCUCCGUCACCUGUCUGCUGAUUCUGAAUCUGGCCGUGGCUGAUGCGCUGGUGCUCCUGAGCGCACCGCUGUUCCUCCGGUACCUGGCGGGAAAUAGUGGCUGGGAGUUUGGCAGCACCGUCUGUAAGACGAUCCAUUACCUGUGUUGCGUCAACAUGUACGCCUCAAUCUACCUGAUCUGUCUGAUGAGCAUGGACCGCUGGCUGGCCGUCACAAAGCCGUUUCUGUCUCAGAGAUUGAGGACCAAGAGAAGGCUCCUGUCUGUCAUGUUGGGCAUCUGGGUGAUGGCUUUUCUGAUGGCUUUGCCCAUGCCGUUCUAUCGUAUCGUGAAGCCGCUCCGUCCAGGUGGGCUCAUCUACCUGUGUACACCGUACCACUGGGAGAGCAGCACUCAUGAAAUCUUCCAGUACCUGUGUGAGACUCUGCUGGGUUUCCUUCUGCCCUUCACCUUCAUCCUGUUCUGCUAUAUCUCAGUGAUCUGCCGGCUGCGUAGCACCAUGUUCCAGCGCAAAGGAAGAGGAAACUUCCUCAUCCUCCUCAUCAUCGCUGCUUUUACCGUCUUCUGGCUGCCGUAUCACCUGAUCAACAUUUUACAGGUGAUCGGCAUGAUGCAGGACUCCCCUUCUCUCUUAAAAGCAGCAAAAGUGGCCCGUCCCAACGUGACAGCGUUCGCAUUUAUGAGCAGCAGCGUGAACCCCGUCCUGUACGUGUUUACCGGCAGCUCUCACAUCCGUCAGGCUGGUCUGGGCUUCAUGGCCAAACUCUUUGAAGGAACCAACUCGGAGUCAGUCUCCAGCCGCACCAGGUCCAGCCGCGGAUCUAACGCAGAGAGCUCCGUUUUCACCAAGCUGUCCGUCAAGCUGAGUCGCAAAGGGGACGGGACAAGAGCUGAGACCCCUGGUGGUGAGGAGGAGACUACAGCAGACAUGCACAACAGAGACGAGAUGAAGACUCUGACCACCCUGCAUUAA